AAAAACUUGAAAUUGUCAAAUCUUGCAAAGGGCGUUGAGGUUAUGUUAAAACGUAAUAACAAACUGAUAAUAGAAAAGGGCCCCACAUGGCGAAAUAUAUAGCUCAAUUAAUAGUAGCGGGUUCGCAAGUGAUAGGUAGAGCGUUCGCUAGGGCCGUAAAAGAGGAAAUAGCCGCAUCGCAAGACGCCGCAAAAAGGUUAGGUAAUAAUAAAACGAGGGCCGAACGACUAAACAACACGAAAACGGGGCUUUCGCUCGAAGAGGCCAAACAAAUUUUGAAUAUUGAUAAAUUGGAUGUGGAGGAAAUUAAUAAACGUUACGAUCACCUAUUUAAAGUUAACGAUAAAGGAAGUGGGGGAUCGUUUUAUAUACAAUCGAAAAUCGUGAGAGCCAAAGAACGAAUCGAUAUGGAAUUUAACGCGACGAAAGCAUCGGAAGGUCCGCCUAAAGUGUAAAAGUUAAUUUUAGUUGUGUAGAUGAAGAAUGUGUAAUUAAUUAGAAAAGAUAAUUAAAUUUAUUCGUUUUA